AUGCAAAGGAAGUUGGACCAGAAUGAUCCCACUGAAAUUUUAGGAGGUGUUUCGACGGAGGGGAAGGUGCCAUUUAUUAUUUCACAACUACGUGAUGAAGACUCUGAUUUUCUGAUGAAAGAAUUUGUGGCCAACUCACAAAAGCUGGGAAGGCAGGGAAAACAAGACAAUGCAAAGGCUACGCCUACGCGAGACAUCCAUUUGUCACCGAACCAAAUUCAUCCUAGUUCUACCGUGAAACGGAAAAUGAAAGCCGGUAACAGUCCUCAGGUGACGUAUGACAAUGCAAAGGCUACGCCUACGCGAGACAUCCAUUUGUCACCGAAACAAAGUCAUCCUAGUUCUGCCGUGAAACGGAAAAUGAAAGCCAGUAACAGUCCUGAGGCGAGAUAUGAUCCUUUAGAGAAGGUCGAUAGAAAGAAGCAAGUUGCGCUCGUCGAAUAUGUGAAGACAGAUAUGUAA